CGAUAAUAUCGACGGUGGAACAAGUCGUUUACCAGUUACCCAAUAUACGACACAACGAUUAAGUGACAAUUGGAUAUGAAAAAAGUGUAAUUUAUUAACAAAAUAACUGUACAGUACAAAUUAUACUGAUCAACAAAAUGGUGAAGUAUUAUGAAAGUAAUACAAUUUUCCAAUUUAAUUGGGAUCAAGUAGUACGUGGAUUUUGGCAAAGAUAUCCAAAUCCUAAUAGCACCCAUGUACUUACGGAAGAUACUGUAUCAAGGAAGGUUAAAGAUGGCAUAUUAUAUACCACACGACUUCUGACAAAAACUAACAGAGUACCAAAAUGGGGAGAGAGAUUUAUUAGUAAAAGUGUUGUAAAAAUUGUUGAAGAGACCAUAGUGGACCCCAAAACGAAAACUUUAACAACAUAUACAAGAAAUUUAGGUUACACUAAAGUCAUGGUUGUUGUGGAGAAAGUUGUUUAUAAGGUGUGCGAAGAAAAUCCUAAUUGGACAGUUGCAAAAAGAUCAGCUUGGAUCGAUAGUCAAGUAUUUGGAUUUGGUAGAGCUAUUCAAGCAUUUGGAUUGGAUAGAUUUAAAAAGAAUUGUACUCUGAUGUAUAACGGGUUUAAUUAUGUCCUAGCACAUAUGUUUCCACAUACAGCACAGUAUAUGAAUCCAACACUUUCUCAAAUGGGUUUUACUCAUCUAGUAAGAACAACGUACAUAAUCCAAGCGUCAAAAGGAAAAAAUUUAUAUUUACAUGUUUCUUUCUUUUUAUUUCAGAUCGAUGAAGGAGCUGGGGCAAGGACUAGUCUCGCGGAAGAUUUUCAACAUUCGUUACAGGGUAGAGCGGAAAAAGUAAAGGACGCUGCUAAAAAGGCAACAGAUUUGGCAAAGAAAAAAGCUGGAACGAUUUACGCUGCGUAUCAAUCUGAACAGUCAUAAAUAAAGCGACAUUAUUGAUGUGAACAACGAUUUAAAGUAAUUGGGGAACAGAAACAAUAAAAAUUAAAACAAUUUCGAAAUAGAACCGAAAGAUAAUUCUUGCAAAUCGACCGAGCAAAUAGGAUGAAAUCGUUGGUAAUUGUUUAGCAUUGUCAAUAUUUAUGUUUAUAAUUGAUUAAAUAGGAUUAAUUCGUCGAUGAAGCAAAGGAGGUGAAAAGAAAUUUUUGUUUGAACUACUUUACUGUAAUGGCUCUGUAUAAUAUUUUCACGUUGUCAUUCCUGUUAACUGCCAACUCAUAUUUAAUUUUUAAGAUUUAUUUAAAAUAUUUUUGAGAUAGAUGGAACAACAUUUUUAAAGAUAACAAUUACUGACGAUGUUAAAUUGCGCGAACAUGGCAAUAUCGCUAUGCGUGUGUAUCUCACUAAAUUCGGAAAGCUGACAAAACUGAGGUCGGAAUAUCUGUUUUCUGAAAAAAUUUCUAAAUUUUUUAUUGCUUCAAAUACAUAUGGUUUACUUUGAUAACGUAUAAACAUGAUUAAACACGAUAAUAAGAGAAAAAUGUAGGAGGAAAAGUGUAGAUUCUUUUGUAAAUUAUUAAAAUAGUACAAGGAAAAUUAGUCCAGAAUUCGAACGAAUGUAUUCGUCUUAGUAAGAAUCGAGCAUAAUCUCUUUAAACGAGAUGGUUUCCAAACCGGGUGGUUUCUAAAGGAACCAUAAGUAACACAUAUUAGUAAUAGCGUGUACAUAUUGCACCUAAAUAUUAAACAUUUUUUACCGGUACGACCCAAACUUCGUCGGUAUCUAUAUAAUAUUUUAUAUUGGUGUCGAUGGUUUUCGUACAUAAUUGUAAAAUUGCAAUUGCACUUAGAACAUAUUUGUGAAAAUUCUGUAUUCUGUGCACGCUUUUGCGUACAUAGCGUAAAAUAAGAUAUCUGGAUGUAUACAUAUUACAUAAAUAUAUAAUAGAAGAAUUUAUAUAAAUUCUAGUUACAGAUUAUAUCACGUUUACGUUGAAAGAAAUCCUAA